AACCAACGGAAAUGGAUUCGUUUAUUAUAUUUCCAAGUGCAAGGUCAAAGUUGGGCUUAACUCUUACAUCAAACCUCAACACAAAUUUAGUUAGGCUUUGAAUUAAGGGAAGAAAUCUUCGGCCCAUCUUCCUGUCAUCAAAGAUAAUUGGACUUCCAAAUAUGUCCAAUGAAAAUUUUCCAAUGCAAAAUAAAAAGAAGCCCAAAAUAUAUUACCAAACAUAAAAAACUAUUGUUGUACAAAAGAAAUUAAAAACUAUAAAUAAAUUGUUAAAUUACUAAAAAAAAAAAAAAAGGAAAAAACAGAGAUUCGGUUUCUUAUCAGACACGCAGAACAGAAAACUGAAGUGAAAGAACAAAACAACCAGCGAAAAUGUUGGCAGCACUUCCACCACCAGCUUCAUCUCCCAACGUAACAACAACUUCCUUCUCGUUCACAAGCGCACUCCUUCAUGCGCCACCCAAACCCCAAUUUGCAUUCCUCCUACGCGCCACUCCCGACUCAUCCUCCACCUCACCAGAUUCUGACCCAUUCGAAUUCCGCCUCUCCCAAGCCUGCCUCCAUUACCGAACCGGAACUGGCAAAAAAGCGGAGCUUCGAAAAUCAAAGAAAUCAGUAUCCAUAUUGGGAUCCACUUUCUACUCCUCUUCCUCCUCCAACUACCUCCCUCCGGUGCCUCUAAAAGAAGCGAUUUCAAAUGGGUUAAAAGUGGAUUUCGGGUUUAGCCCAUAUAGCGAGAGGAUAAACGGGUGGAUCGCGGUUUGGAGUUAACUGCUUUGGUUCUGGUGGAAUUGGCGACUGGUAAGAGCGUGAUAAGUUAUCACACACGGGCGAUUAUUUUAAUUCAGAUUUAUUUUGUAGCCGCGGUUGGGGCUUUGCUUGUCAAACAAGAGAAAGAAAAAAGGUGUUUGGACUCCUUCUCAAUCCUCUUCACCCAAAAAUUCAAACUAAUCCUCAACGUUUCGAGGACCUCCAAUCCAAUCAAUCAACUUGUCUACUUGCUUAUCGACGUUCGUUGCCACUUGGGAAUUUUUGAACUCCUCAACUUCUCAUGAGAAAGAAAAAAGGUGUUUGGACUCCUUCUCAAUCUUCCGUACGUAUAGACGUCUUAUUCACAUUUUUUAAAAAACCAUAUAUCGUAUAUGUAAUUUUAGUCAUAUUAUGCUUUUAAAUACGAAGGAUAUUCAUU